CUGGGACGCGGGGCCACACCUGGGCGCCGCCACCGGGUGCCCGGCGCGCCCGCAUGGGCCCGCGCUGAGGGCCCCGACCGAGUUCAGCGCGGGGAGUCGACGCCCACCCGCUCGGGGGGGGGUUAGACCUGGGGGGGCUGGUGCCCCCCAAACUCGGAUCGGAUCCAACCAGAGUGAGGCGGCGCCAUGGAGCUCCGGGCUCUGCUCUGCUGGGCUUCGCUUGUAGCCGCUUUAGAAGAGACCCUACUGAACACAAAAUUGGAAACUGCCGAUCUGAAGUGGGUGACAUUCCCUCAGGUGGAGGGACAGUGGGAGGAGCUGAGCGGCCUGGAUGAGGAACAGCACAGCGUUCGGACCUACGAGGUGUGUGACGUGCAGCGGGCCCCGGGCCUGGCGCACUGGCUGCGCACGGGCUGGGUGCCCCGCCGGGGCGCCGUGCACGUGUACGCCACGCUGCGCUUCACCAUGCUGGAGUGCCUCUCCCUGCCGCGGGCUGGCCGCUCCUGCAAGGAGACCUUCACCGUCUUCUACUUUGAGAGCGACGCGGACACGGCCACGGCCCACACGCCAGCCUGGAUGGAGAACCCCUACGUCAAGGUGGACACGGUGGCUGCUGAGCACCUGACCCGGAAGCGCCCCGGGGCCGAGGCCACCGGGAAGGUGAACGUCAAGACGCUGCGUCUGGGCCCGCUCACCAAGGCCGGCUUCUAUCUGGCCUUCCAGGACCAGGGCGCCUGCAUGGCCCUGCUGUCCCUGCACCUCUUCUAUAAGAAGUGCGCCCAGCUGACCGUGAACCUCACCUGCUUCCCGGAGACCGUGCCUCGUGAGCUGGUGGUGCCCGUGGCGGGGAGCUGCGUGGCCGAUGCUGUGCCCGCCCCCGGCCCCAGCCCGAGCCUCUACUGCCGGGAGGAUGGCCAGUGGGCCGAGCAGCCGGUCACGGGCUGCAGCUGCGCUCCGGGGUUUGAGGCCGCCGAAGGGAAUACCAGGUGCCGAGCCUGUGCUCAGGGCACCUUCAAGCCCCUGUCUGGGGAGGGGUCCUGCCAGCCGUGCCCAGCCAACAGCCACUCCAACACCAUUGGCUCACCCGUCUGCCAGUGUCGCAUCGGGUACUUCCGGGCCCGCACAGACCCCCGAGGUGCACCCUGUACCACCCCUCCGUCCGCCCCGAGAAGCGUGGUUCCCCGCCUGAACGGCUCCUCCCUGCGCCUGGAAUGGAGCGCCCCCCUCGAGUCGGGAGGCCGAGAGGACCUCACCUACGCGCUCCGGUGCAGGGAGUGCCGUCCCGGAGGCUCGUGCACACCCUGCGGGGGAGACCUGACCUUCGACCCCGGCCCCCGGGACCUGGUGGAGCCCUGGGUGGCCAUUCGUGGGUUGCGUCCUGACUUCACCUAUACCUUCGAGGUCACCGCCGUGAACGGGGUGUCCUCCUUAGCCAGCGGGCCAGUUCCAUUUGAGGCUGUGAAUGUCACCACUGACCGUGAGGUGCCACCCCCAGUGUCCGACAUCAGGGUGACUCGGUCAUCACCCAGCAGCUUGAGCCUGGCAUGGGCUGUUCCCCGGGCACCCAGCGGGGCAGUGCUAGACUACGAGGUCAAGUAUCACGAGAAGGGCGCAGAGGGCCCCAGCAGCGUGCGGUUCCUGAAGACAUCGGAGAACCGGGCAGAGCUGCGGGGACUGAAGCGGGGAGCCAGCUACCUGGUCCAGGUGCGGGCGCGCUCCGAGGCUGGCUACGGGCCCUUCGGCCAGGAGCACCACAGCCAGACCCAGCUGGACGAGAAUGAGAGCUGGCGGGAGCAGCUGGCCCUGAUUGCCGGCACGGCGGUCGUGGGCGUGGUGCUGGUCCUCGUGGUCAUCGUCAUCGCUGUUCUUUGCCUCAGGAAGCAGAGCAACGGGAGAGAAGCUGAAUACUCAGACAAACAUGGACAGUAUCUCAUUGGGCACGGUACUAAGGUCUACAUUGACCCCUUCACUUACGAAGACCCUAAUGAGGCUGUGAGGGAAUUUGCAAAAGAGAUCGAUGUCUCCUAUGUCAAGAUUGAAGAGGUGAUUGGUGCAGGCGAGUUUGGGGAGGUGUGCCGGGGGCGGCUGAAGGCCCCCGGGAAGAAGGAGAGCUGCGUGGCCAUCAAGACCCUGAAGGGCGGCUACACGGAGAGGCAGCGGCGGGAGUUCCUGAGCGAGGCCUCCAUCAUGGGCCAGUUCGAGCACCCCAACAUCAUCCGCCUGGAGGGCGUGGUCACCAACAGCGUGCCCGUCAUGAUUCUCACCGAGUUCAUGGAGAACGGCGCCCUGGACUCCUUCCUGAGGCUGAACGAUGGCCAGUUCACCGUCAUCCAGCUCGUGGGCAUGUUACGGGGCAUCGCUUCGGGCAUGCGGUACCUUGCUGAGAUGAGCUACGUCCACCGAGACCUGGCUGCCCGCAACAUCCUGGUCAACAGCAACCUCGUCUGCAAGGUUUCAGAUUUUGGCCUCUCCCGAUUCCUGGAGGAGAACUCUUCUGAUCCCACCUACACGAGCUCUCUGGGAGGAAAGAUCCCCAUCCGAUGGACAGCCCCUGAGGCCAUUGCGUUCCGGAAGUUCACAUCUGCCAGCGAUGCCUGGAGCUAUGGCAUUGUGAUGUGGGAGGUCAUGUCAUUUGGGGAACGGCCAUACUGGGAUAUGAGCAAUCAGGAUGUAAGUGUCCUACCAAGCUUUCCUGGAACGUCCUCUCUCUUGGGAUAUGGCGGGGGGGGCGGGGUUCUCAGAGAGCUCAUCACUGCUUGGUCCUUGAGGUGGUGAGGGUGGCACCGUGAGGGGCUGAUCUCUGUAUCCAAGAGUUCGAUACAGCCUAUCUGGUCACAGAAGGACACAGUGAUGGAGGGCAGCCUUGGGAAGUUACAUGUCUGGAUCAUAGCUCAAGAGCUUCUGGGACGUUGAGCCACAGCCGGUGGCCUCGGCCCUGGCCAGGAGCACCCCCCAGAUGUGCCCUUCGCGGGGGGGCUGUAGCAGCCAUCCCAGCGUCUGUUAAGUCGCCAUUUCCCUGGGGUCCUU